CCCAGGGUGGCAGUGACUGAAGGACACGGGGCAGCCUGGCAAUGGAAAGGAUUAUGAGGUGUUUGCUGGUGGUCUCUGUCCUCUGCCUGGCUGGCUGUGAAGGCAACAAGAGUGAUCUGGGACAAGGUGUUUCCCCCCAUCUCAAGAGGAGCUCAGAUGCCUGCCUGCCAAACCCAUGCCAGCACCAGGGGCACUGCCAGGUAGAGGAAGAUGGACCAGUUUGCAGCUGCAAACCAGGCUUCACAGGGGAGUUCUGCCAAGAUGUGAUAAUGAAGCUGGCCUGUGAGGAAGAGUACAUGAAGAUGAUGGUGAGGAAGGAGGUGUUUGAACUUUUGAAAAUCCCCCGUGAGCUUGUCCACUUGAAGAACAAGGCAUGCAAGGUCUCAGAAAGGGAAGAAGAGGGCAAGUUGUUUUUUGCAGCCACUCUCACAGGUGAAAAUCACACCACCUGUGGAUCAAUAAUUCAGCAAAACAGCUCCCACAUAUCAUACACCAAUGUCAUUGAGUCAAAGCCUGAAGAGCGUGGAGGUGUCAUCUCCCGGAGUUUCCAGCUGGAGGUUCGUUUCUCCUGCCUCUAUGCCUAUGAGCAGGUGGUGAAGCUGCCCUUCGCUCUCACUGCUGUCGACAAGCUGGUGCAGUUUGUGGUUAGGGAAGGGCACUUCAAUGUCAGCAUGAGACUGUACAAGACCCCAUCCUACCUGCAGCCCUAUUACCUACCAACUGCUGCCAUCCCCAUCAUGGACACCCUCUAUGUCCUGCUGAACCUCGAAGGACAGCACCAGAUCAAGUAUUUCCUGCUGAGUGUUGAGGACUGCUGGGCCACACCGACUGCAGAUCCCUACCAGGGUGUGAGGCAUGGGCUCAUUGAGAAGGGCUGUCCCCAGGAUGAGACAGUGACAUACCUGAAUGCUAUUGGAGAGAGCACUGCAGCCAAGUUCAGCUUCCAAAUGUUUCAGUUUGUGGGUUACCCUGAGGUGUUCCUGCACUGCCGUGUCCGGCUCUGCCUUCCUGGCAUCCUGGAGCCCUGUGCCAAGCAAUGCCCCAGGCACCAGAGGAGCAAGCGAGCGCCAGCAGAUGACUACAAUAAGAUUGUCUCCUAUGGGCCCAUCCACCUGCUGGCUGCUCCUUCCUUGGGAGUAGGCACCCAGCACUCCAGGACUGACCCACAGGACCUGGGAGGACCUAACCCGUGGUUCCUGGGGGUCCUCAUCCUCCUGUGUGCACUGGGAGUGCUCACUGCAGCUGCUGUGGCCAUCAGCACGAGGCAGAGGUUGGGGUAG